AUGCAGUCUUUCAUGGAGAGUCUCGCUGGAAAGCGAGUUGUCCUCUCCGGAUGUGGAGGGGGAUGCGAUGUGCUGGGGACUUCUGUGAUCUACCAGCAGAUCAAAGACAAGGCUCGGCAAGUGGCCUUCUUUAGCCUCUCCUUUACGAAGGAUGGCCUGCUCCUCAAGACCUGUCAGCAGAUUUCAAAGAAGUGCUGGCUUGUUGAGCCCGGCAAUGGAGGGCUCGCAGAUGAUCCAAAUGAGCAGGUUUACUUUCCAGAGGCACGGAUGGCCAAUGCCACCGGUGUUCACAUCUAUACUCUCUCCCACUAUGCCACCAUCGCUCAGUACACAGAGGGCUACAGGGCGGCCUUGAAGCUGGAAUUUGGUGAUGAGGUGCCCGACGUGCUGAUCCUUUGCGACGGUGGCUGCGAUGUGCUCCUUACGGGAGCUGAGUCGGGUCUGGCAACGCCUGUCGAAGACAUGUCGCACCUGAAGGCUAUUCUCCCGCUGAACAUUCGCGAGAAAUAUGUAGCUGCCUUGGGUGCGAAUGUCGACUGUGGGCAUGGGGUUGUCCAAGCGGAGCUGGAUAAGCGCCUGGCUGACAUGCGGCGCUCGGGGACCAUGAUCUUCAGCCACCCGUUAACAAUUGAAGAUGCGCCCGCUGCGUACUUUGCUGAUCUGGUGAGCAAGUGCGCUCCUGCCCGCAGUAUUGUGCAGAGCCUGGUUGUGGCAGCUAUGGAAGGGCACCGCGGCCUCUACACGCCGGAGCAUUUGAAAAGGCGGAUCGGGGCCAACAAGGUGCCGCUCAGCGAGCAGACGGCGACGCUCUUCCUGUUUCACCUCGAGAGGCUGGCAGGCGAGAUUCUCUACCUCGACCGGCUGGAGCCGGAGCACAAUUUCAUACACAUUGCGGCGGUCAUCAGCGACUUUGAAGAUGCAAG